AUGAGUUUAAUUUAUCAAGGCUAAAAGACAUUCGUUAAAAAGGUAGAGAUUUGCAAAAUAAAUAAUUUGGAAAUUGUAUUAGGAAGUGGAGGGCAGGCUACUGUUUAUAAGGCUAUGAUGACUAUUCAAUAAUCGGAUCAAACUGAGAGAUAAAUAGAUAUUGCUUUAAAAAGAAUUUUACUACCUAAAUCCAACAAUUUCAGACAAAGAAUGUCUGAAUUAAUCAAAAGAGAACAAUCUGUUUAUAGAUCUAUAAAAUCUCCUUAUAUUAUUAAAUUAUAUGGAACAAAUUUAAACUACUAAAAAAAAAGGCUAGAGGAUCUAGAAUAUUUGGAUUUUUAUUUUGAACUAUGUGAUGGCUGUCUGGCCGAGCUAAUCAGGGAUAGAGACAAGGGAAUAGAUGUACCCCUCACAGAGGAAAGUGCAUUGGAAAUCUUUGAAUCGGUUGUAGAGGUCGAAUUGUUAUUGGAAAAAUCAUCCUUUAUGAGAUCAACUACAGUUUAUUAGGGCUUGUUUCAUAGAGAUAUUAAUGUUAAAAAUAUCCUUUUUAAAAAGAAAAAGCAUAAAAUCGAGGUCAAAGUUUGUGAUUUUGGUGUUGCCAACUAUGAGUAUGAUCAAUUAAAUCCUAAUAAUCGGAUUGAUUUAACUUAAAAAGUCGGAACCCUUUCUUUCACAAGUCCAGAAAAUAUACUCUAGUAAAUAUAUAAUUCACAGAAAAACGAAGCCUGGUCGUUGGGUGUACUUCUGUUUUGUUUGCUAACAGGAUUAUCAUAUUAUAAAAAUGUGUUACAUCUUUUCAACAAUAAUAAUGAUCAUCAUAAAUUAAUUGAAAAGAUGUAAAUCUAAAGGUACACAAAAGAACUAUUAAUCAAUCUAUUACAAAUUGAUCCGGAAAAAAGAUGGGCAUACGAUGAAAUUGUUUCAUCCAAAUGGUAUACUCUAUUUGGUUAAAAGAAAUGUAAGAUUUUGGAGAGAAUAGAGCCUACCCUAAAAUUUAGACAAAAGUGUUUUAAUGAGCUGUCCCUCAAAUUGAUAGAAUAUAACUAAUUUAUUGAUUAAAACAAACAGUAAUCAUUAGAAUUUUAAAUCCCAUAAGAUCUGCUACUGAUAACAAUAAAGAAUUAUGAAUUGUGGUCUUGGAAAUAAUUAGAAAAGUAUAGUGGAAGUUAUUGUUAUGAAUUCCAAAGUUAAGAAGAAAUUGCAGAGUAAACAGCUUGUAAGGAUGAGAUUAAAAGCUAUGAAAAAAACUUAAUUAGAAUUACGCAAGAACUCAGGGAUUUUUUCUUAUAGAUUACAUCUAAUUAGAACUAAAAACAUGAGAACUAAGAAAAAACGAAAUAUGAAGUUAGGAAAGAGGAGGCUAUGAAAAUUCAAUAAUUUUGGAGUAAAAUUAUAUGUAAUUCAACAACUACCUCUCAUUAUAAACCAGAUGCUCUGUAUUAUUAUAUGCAUUUAUUUGAAGAAAUGGAACAGAAAUUAUUAAGUCGUUUGUCAAUAUUUUUAAUUUAGAAUCACUAUAACCCAAUAAAUUUCAAACCUAGUAGUCUAAACAAAAUUCCAGUCUAAAUUUCGAAGUUAUAAAAUAUAUCUGAAGCCUUCUCGUAAACUUUGGUUCAGAAGGAAAUAUUAAUAAAAUAAAAUUUGGAAUAAUUAGUAGCUUAAAAUUCAAAAGAUAAUUAGGAUAAGGUUACGAUAGAAAAAAAGCUUAGCUAAUUAAAAGAGGAAGUUGAUGAACUAAAAAUUUAAGUUGAUGAAUGCACAGCCACAAUAAAAUAAAAAUAAAAAAUACUUUAAAUCCUAGAAUAACAAAAAUAACUUCAAACGAUAUUGAAGAUGUUAAAAGAAAUAAAAUAGAAAUUUAAUCGCUAUUAUUAUUGGAAAAAAGAGGUAGAAUAUUUGUAAAUCUUUCAAAACGAUAAUUGA